AUGCCAGAAGUAGCAUCAGCGCUGGGCGCAUCGCGAGCGACCGUUGGAGAAUGCAACCGCUGCCACAGUAUCGUCGGCGAAUUCUUCAACCUGUUCCACAGAGUCCCAGGGUCCAGCUCCUACUAUUUGCCCGCGUUGCUUGGAUCGUGGAGUAGCAGAUUGACGCCUAUGACCGGCAGUCCGAGGACGGCGAGCCCCGGCAGUGAUUUAGAGUCGUGGGCCCGCAUUAUUGCGCUACGUUUUGCAUUUUCCUGCUCUUUUGCGGCCUUUUGCGUCGCCGCCGUCGGUUGCCUCCUUCUUCGCUCGCUGUUGAGGCCUCGCUGCUGCUGCUGCCGCUGCUGCUGCUGCUGCUACGCACUUUUGCUUCCCCCUUUCUUACUUACUUACCAUCGCCGCUGCCUUCAUUCCUUCUCAACGCACGCAGAUUUAAGAGCUAACCGUCUCUUCGCCUCAGUAUCAUCCAGCCGUUGGGUUGCCCCAAGUGCGGCGAUACUCUUGGCUUACACGUUGUGGAGACCCCAGACCACAAUCACGAGUAUCGAUGUCCUAUUCUGGUCUUACAUUACUUUGUCACCUCCCUUUGUCUCUUACAAUUGUAUACCGCCUACUAACGGAUACCCAUAUAGCGGGCGCGAUCUUUUCCAACUAUCUCGCAUUGCAUUGAAAUGCGAGAUAUCGCCGGGUGUCGUAGAAGUGGUUAAACCUCACCUAGAAACGUUGCCGGCCGAGACGCGAUCAUCCAACCAUAACGAGGAAGAGGGCCAGUCACAGUCUCCUCCAGUUUCUGCUGUCUCUCGGCCAUCUUCACCUUCACCUUCACCUUCACCGCGCCCAAACAUGGCCAACGCGGAAGUCGAUGCUCGACCACCGCCAGAGCUGGUACAUCGCCAGAAUCCGUUACCGCAGGUGGAGUCGAACAGACUGCCUCCCCCGAUGCAGUCACCCGGGGAGAGACCCACACUGCCUUCCAUCGGGCUCACGCAGAAGUCGCCUCUCCCGUCGAGAUCGCCGGCCGUGAUGCCUGUGCACCGUGACGAACAGCCAUAUGCCCAACCUUUACCAAGGGAAUCUCCAGCAGGUCUGGCGAACCGUAGCCGGGAAACACUACCUCCCAUCUUGCAUUCGCCCAGUCAAACACACCAUUCCAGCACAUACCCAACUGACCUCGACGCCAUCGGCCGCAUGCAAACGCAGAUAUCGCAGAAUACGGGGGCGCUGAGUGCCCAUGCGCGAAGGCUGCAGGAUCUGCAAGAUGUGUCCGAGCAGCAGCUCAAUGGUAUGCGGCGUGAGUUUCACGACCUGAUCCAUGCCAACAUGAGCCGGUUGGGGGAGAUGGUUACAGCACUACAACGAGAUGUGCAAACGAUGCGGCAGCAAGUAGCCGAUCUGGAUGACGCAAUGGAUAAAAUAUCACGGACCGUAUCUGUCAUCCAGGCACAGGGACCCGGAGCACUGGCGGCAGGAUCAUCCGCGGCUGCUCAGGCAUCAGCCUUAGAGCUCAUGGCUCAGCAACUGCACAAUGUGUCCACGAAAGUGAACGAGGUCGACAGUCUGAAGAUCAACAUGGAGAUAAUGAAGGGGAGGAUUCAACGACUCGAGGAGGGCACUGGCGCCGCGUCCACGCAGACGGUGCUGCCUCACCCUCAAUAUGCCGUCACCUCGUACGGGUCUACACCGACGCCAGCGACCCACGCGGGAACCCCAGUCCACGAGCAUGCAGAGUCCGCUCAACCGGCACAGACCUUCACCGCUAUCAACGGGCCGCCGAAACGAGUUUAUUCGUAUGCCGAAGAGCAUCCAGACGCGGACCAGCGGCCCGAUUCCUCUAAGCGUUUAAAGAUCGCCACGAUGGAACCCGGGAGCACGUACACCGUCUCUCAGCACCAUCAUAGCCCACAGGAACAACCGCACUCAGAAGAUCCUCAUGCCCGACCGCAAUUCGCACACUCGCACUCGCAAGUUCAGUCCGCCUCAUUCGCCUCCUCACACACCCUCUCCCACGACUCCAUGCCUCCUGAAUCGACCCUCCGCUCCUCCAACCCCACCUCGACGCUCCCGUCUCAAGGGCCCGUCACACCGGCCUACUACACCCAAGACGCUCCCUCGGACGAAUCAUGGCGCCCCCUUGAACAACGCAGCAGCACACGCGGUCGGCCCCGUGGCGGCCCCGGCUCACGAGGCGGUCGAGGACGUAAGAGCCUCCCGGCACAGCUGGUCCACUCGACGCCUGAAUGGGAAAGAGAUGAUUGGCAGGGCGUCCCGGAAAGCCAGAUCAGUCCGAAUGGGUACUAUACCGGUGGACCGAGAGCUGCACGGGGAACCUCCGUCAUCAGGAGAGGCAGUGGUGGUGCAGCUGCGAACAUCGUCUCAUCGACACCCCGUGGACGACCGCCCAAUGCCCAAUAUCAACAGCAACCAGGUGUACACCUCGGCAUGCAAGGCGUGACUCCCGGCCUGGGCUCCCCAGGCUCCCUCAACGGAACGCCCAUCCGCAUGAUGUCGGUAGCGCCGGGCCACGAUCCGUACGCGCACACCAAGAAGACGCGGACGAAGCCGACGCGGAAUGCCGACGGCGUGCUCAUCCGCAAGGACGGACGGCCGGAUAUGCGGAGCCACAGCUCGGCGGCGAAUUUGAGAAAGGUGCAUGCGAAGAAGGAGAAUGCGGCCAAGGAGAGGAGAGGGUCGGGUUUGGGGCCCUGGGGGGAGGAGAGCGCGAGUCCGCCUGCUCAGGGGACCCGGAAAGAGAAACAAGAACAACAGCAGGGUACGGAGACGCCGGGACGUGCGGGGUCGCCGGCGGCAGAAAAGUCGAAGACGGCGCUGGAGCGGGGAGAUGAGGCCGAGUGGUCGGAUCCGCAGAUGCAGAAGCAUCAUUCCAUCAUGAAGCGGAUUGCGCGUGGGUUGCAGGAUUGGGAGAAUAUCGAUCCUGGUAAGGCGCUGAGGCAGGAGAGGGAGGGGCAUGGUGCGCAUCCUGAGGACCACCAGCAGCAGCAGCAGCAGAAACAGAGGAGUGGGAGGAGCGGGAGUAAGAGCGAGAAGGACAAGGAGAAUGCGAGGACUGCGGUGAAUGGGCGCGGAGGUGGCAUUAAGCAAGAGCAUCAUGAUGAGAGGCGCGUGGUGCUUGAUUCUCAGGAUGGGGACGAGGAGAUGCUGACGAGUGAGAGGGAAGAAAGAGAUGAGGAGCCGGAUGUCGAUAUGCGGGAUCGGCCGGAGGAGGGCAAUGAGGAUCGCGGUGGUAGUGAUGGAGAUGAGAUGAGGAGUCCGAUGGCGAGGAGUGAAGGUGGUGAAAUGCAGAGGGUUAAGGAGAAGGAGGGCCUGGUGAAUGGGGGGGCUCGGGAUGGAGGAGAUGGUGCUGCUAGAGUCGUGGCCGCGGCGGAAGAGGAGGGAACGAGGGAGUAA